GAAGUCAUCUGCUCUGAUUUGAGGCUCAGAACCCAUUUUUCAGUUGUGUGUUAUUUUAAAAGUCGCUCCCCUAAAGAAAAGGAGUGUGAAACUCCAUGUCUGAAGUGGGCUUCACGGUUCUAGCUUUCAAAAAAAAAUCAACCCUAAAAUUCUUAUAAAUGGACGGUUUCUUUCUCUGGGUGAAGAGGUUAUGGCCCCUUAAGAGUGAUGCACCUUGAGCAUUUAUGGUCCUGCUUCUGGGCCAGGGAACUGGUUGCAGGGCUGCGGAGAGAGCCAUUCCCCUCUUUUUGCAGUAUUCUCGUUAUCCUUGAAGCUCAGGGAGAACUCCAGCUCUUAUCUUUCGGCUUUUCUAGGUUGAGCGGGACGGUCCAGAAGACCUUGAAAAUCCUUUGUGCGGCUGUGAAAAGGUUCAGAGGGACCCAGAGUCAAGUACCCGGCCACAGGUUCUCAGCCAUGUCCUCGGGUGCAGGAGGCCCCAAACCCCUGAUUGCCGUCUGCCAGGUGACCUCAACCUCCGACCGAGAACACAACUGGGCAUCUUGUUCCCAGCUGGUCCGAGAGGCAACUCGGCGGGAUGCUUGCGUAGUCUUCCUUCCAGAAGCCUUUGACUUCAUUGGCAGCAGCACAGAGGAAACCCUCAGCCUGGCUGAGCCCUUGGAAGGAGAUUAUCUUCAGCGAUAUAUCAGCCUGGCCAGGGAAUGUGGUGUCUGGCUGUCCCUUGGAGGUUUCCAUGAGAGGGGCAGGGACUGGGAAAGCACACAGAGGAUCUACAACUGCCACCUCCUCUUGGACCCCAAAGGGUCUGUUGUGGCCGCCUAUCGGAAGAUCCACCUUUUUGACGUGGAGCUGGAAGGCAAAGAGUCUUUGAAGGAAAGUGCCUUCACCAACCCAGGCUCAGAGAUUCUGCCACCAGUCCCAACCCCAGCUGGAAAGGUGGGGCUGGCCAUCUGUUAUGAUCUCCGCUUCCCAGAAAUGUCACUUGCCCUGGCCCAGGCUGGGGCGGAGAUUCUCACCUACCCGUCAGCCUUCACUGUGACAACUGGCACUGCCCACUGGGAGGUACUGCUGCGGGCUCGCGCUGUUGAGACCCAGUGCUACGUGGUAGCCGCAGCCCAGACGGGCAAGCAUCACGAACGCCGGACCUCCUUUGGCCACAGCAUGGUUGUGGAUCCCUGGGGCAGCAUCAUUGCCCAGUGCCAGGAGGGGCCCGGCUUGUGCUUUGCAGAAAUUGACCUGGCCUACUUACGCCGACUCCGCCAGGAGAUGCCGGUUUUUUCCCACCGCCAGCCCCGCUUAUAUGGCCAUGCCGCUGCUCGAUGGGGCCUCUCGUGCCCUUGACCGGCUCAGCUGCUCCACGAGGGGUGUUUGGCUGCUGCUGGACACACCCUUCAGGAUCAAGAGCUCUAACCCUACAGCGGCCUCUCUCCAGACGGGCACUUGUGUUGGCACAGAGGGAAAGUGGGAACGAUAGGAAUAUAAUACGAACUAUUUCUGUGCUGGGGAGGAAAGCAUUUUUGCCCAGUCCCCUCUCCCUGGAGCACAAGACGUCGGUUUUAGCCUGUAUUCAGACAUCCAGGAUUUAGCCUGGGGAGGGGUCCGGCAAGUCACAUUUCCUCUAGAAGAGUUUCAUUCCUGAAAUAAAUUUCUUUCACCCA